ACCGGCGCUGGGUGUGAGAGGACUGCAGCUUUUUUGUGAGUCCUAGUGGAGGUCGGGGUAUCAUGAACAUUGAAGCAUAUUUUGAAAGAAUUGGUUAUAAGAAUUCUAGGAACAAACUGGACUUGGAAACUUUAACUGACAUUCUUCAGCACCAGAUCCGAGCCAUUCCUUUUGAGAACCUUAACAUCCAUUGUGGGGAAAGCAUGGAAUUGGGCUUGAAGGCCAUUUUUGAGCAAGUUGUUAGGAGGAACCGUGGUGGAUGGUGUCUCCAGGUCAAUCAUCUUCUGUACUGGGCUCUGACCACAAUUGGUUUUGAGACCACAAUGUUGGGGGGUUAUGUGUACAAUACUCCAGCUAAUAAAUAUAGCAAUGCUAUGAUUCACCUCCUGCUGAAGGUGACUAUUGAUGGUAAGAAUUACAUAGUGGAUGCUGGCUUUGGACGUUCUUACCAGAUGUGGCAACCUCUGGAGUUAAUUUCUGGGAAGGAUCAGCUUCAAGUACCUUGCAUCUUCCGCCUGACAGAAGAGAGAGGAAUCUGGUAUCUGGACCAAAUAAGAAGAGAGCAAUGCAUUGCAAAUGAAGAAUUUCUUAAUUCUGAUCUCCUGGAAAAAAAUAAAUACCGAAAAAUAUACUCCUUUACUCUUGAACCUCGAGCAAUUGAAGAUUUUGAGUCUGUGAAUACAUACCUUCAGAUAUCGCCAACAUCUGUGUUUACAAGCAAGUCAUUCUGUUCCUUGCAGACACUUGAAGGGGUUCACUGUUUAGUAGGUUGGACCCUUACCUAUAGGAAAUUCAAUUAUAAGGACAAUAUGGAUUUGGUAGAGUUUAAGAUCCUGAAUGAAGAAGAAAUAGAACAAAAACUAAAAAAUACAUUUAAUAUUUCCUUGGAGAGAAAGUUUGUGCCCAAACAUGGUGAUCUGUUUUUUACCAUUUAGAGUAAGGAGUAAAAAUGGUCUUCAGUAUUACUUUGUGUACUGAAACUUUUUGUUAUAAAAAAAUUAAACAUAUAUGAGACAAUAAAAUAAUAAGUGCUCAUGUAUUUAUCACCCAAUUUGUUCUCUAUCAAUUACCAUAUUUCCUCAAUUGCUUGUACAAUGUAUUAAAGAAAAGCUCACUCUUAAAAAUUGCAGCAUUUAUAUUUAGAUAACAUUUCAAGGAAACAUAAUCAGAAACUUUUCAAAAUUAAUAAUAGUAAAGGCAUUUUAAGGAUGGCUUAUGCUUUUAUUGGGUGAAAAAGGUGAUUUGUGCUAGAAAAUCUUCCAUAUUGGUUUGUGAAAAUGAAUGAAAGAAACCUCAUUUAAAAUAGAGUUGGGAAGCCAGAAUGGGGAGCUUUUAUUCCCUACCUCUUGUCAUCAAUUGCAGUCCCCAACAGAAAGAUGUGUAUCUUGCCUUCCCAAUAAGAAGAAGCUUACUUUACUUCUCCAACAACAGUAAGGAAGAAUUUUUCUUUCCCCCUCAACAAGCUCAGCCAAUAAUACCACAACUCAGCCAAUGAGAAAUUGUCACUACCU